AUGCUGCUGGAAACCAAGCUCGAGCGGGACCGAGAUCGACCCGGUGCCACCGCGGCUGCUGUCUGCACCUUCAGUGGAACUCAUGAGAUCCCGCUGUGCGCAGGCUGUGACCAGCACAUCCUGGACCGCUUCAUCCUCAAGGCCCUGGACCGGCACUGGCACAGUAAGUGCCUCAAGUGUAGCGACUGCCACACACCGCUGGCCGAGCGCUGCUUCAGCCGUGGGGAGAGUGUCUACUGCAAGGACGACUUCUUCAAGCGCUUCGGGACCAAGUGCGCCGCGUGCCAGCUGGGCAUCCCGCCCACGCAGGUGGUGCGGCGCGCCCAGGACUUCGUGUACCACCUACACUGCUUCGCCUGCGUCGUGUGCAAGCGGCAGCUGGCCACGGGUGACGAGUUCUACCUCAUGGAGGACAGCCGGCUGGUGUGCAAGGCGGACUACGAGACGGCCAAGCAGCGAGAAGCCGAAGCCACAGCCAAGCGCCCGCGCACAACCAUCACCGCCAAGCAGCUGGAGACGCUCAAGAGCGCUUACAAUACGUCGCCCAAACCCGCGCGUCACGUACGGGAGCAGCUGUCCUCUGAGACCGGCCUGGACAUGCGGGUGGUGCAGGUGUGGUUCCAGAACCGUCGCGCCAAGGAGAAGAGGCUGAAGAAGGACGCGGGCCGACAACGCUGGGGACAGUAUUUCCGUAACAUGAAGCGUUCUAGGGGCAGCUCCAAGUCCGACAAGGACAGCGUCCAGGAAGAGGGACAGGACAGCGAUGCAGAGGUCUCCUUCACCGAUGAGCCCUCCAUGGCUGAAAUGGGCCCUGCCAAUGGGCUCUAUGGAAGCUUGGGGGAGCCCACACCAGCCCUAGGUCGGCCCACAGGAACCCCUGGUAGCUUUUCCUUAGAGCACGGAGGCCUGACUGGCCCAGAGCAGUACCGAGAGCUGCGCCCUGGCAGCCCCUAUGGAGUCCCCCCAUCCCCGGCUACACUACAGAACCUCCCAGGCCCUCAGCCCCUCCUCUCCAGCUUGGUGUACCCAGAUGCCAGCUUGGGUCUCCUGCCUGCAGGAGCUCCCAGUGGACCCCCUCCCAUGAGGGUGCUGGCAGGGAAUGGACCCAGCUCUGACCUAUCCACUGGGAGCAGUGGGGGCUACCCCGACUUCCCUGCCAGCCCUGCUUCCUGGCUGGAUGAGGUGGACCACGCUCAGUUCUGACCAUGGCCCCUGGCUCCACUGAGCACUGGACCUGAGGGGUGCAGGCAACAAUGCCGGUUCAGCAGUUGACCUGGAGCUAUGUUCCCAGCUUUUCCUGAAGUCCUGGGCCUCUGCAGGAGGCAGGUGCCACUGGCAAGGGGACUGGAUGAGGAUAUGCUGGAGGGGUCAUCUCUGCAGACUGCUCAUCCCCACAGCCUUUGGGGUAGAGGGACUUUCUGGAUCUUUGCUGCUCCUCCAGACUGCAGCCACCGCUGGAAAGCCUGGCUUUGUAAGCAGAUUUCUCCCUCUAUUGCCUAAUGAACUGAGCUGCUGCUGCUGCUGUUUCAAACAGGAAGUGUCACCUUUGCUCUGAGCCCUUAGAUUGGAACAUGCUUUAAUUUCUAAAACUGAAACUUUCGGAUAAUUGUGCCCAGGCUCCUGGUGUGAGCUCCCAGCUGCUCUGGAUACCCCAAACAUCCCUCAAACUUUGGGCCUAGAAAUCUAUCCCCAUUGGUGGCAGCAAGAGGGGAAGGGGUAGGCUUGUGUCUUUCUGGGUCACUAAAGAAGGGAUCCACCUUCCUCCCCAGAAAAUGUCUUGGCCCUUUUGCCUCAGUGAGUGUCUCUAGUGUCUGUUCUUCUACAGGCCCCUGGCCUUGAAGAAGGGGCCCUUCUUCUCCUGACUCAGUUCUUUAAACCCCAGAGGAGAUUCCUCCCCAUCCAGACUCAGUUCUCAUGCCUCACUCCCUUCCUCCAUGCCCAGCAUCUAAGCUGCUCCCAGCCCAGGAUUUCCAUUGCCAAACAGGCUCCAACACUCCCUUGGAACCAGCUCUGACUGCCCAGGCAGUUCUUGCCCCACAACAUGCACUGGAGAAGGUGAGGGGACAGGCUCCUCUGGCAGACACUCCUGCACUUACUGCACCUCAGCCAUGGCCUAGACAUGCAGGCUGGCUGCUGUACACCAGCCCCAUGAACCUGCAUCUGUGAAUUCUGUGAAUGUCCUGUGUCUUUUAUUUAUUCUCUGGCGAUUGGCUCUUUACAAGACUUCAAUAAAUUUGUCAGUUACAGUCA